AUGACUCGCUCCCGUCGACCAGUCUAUUUCAAUCCAAGCGCUCGGUCUUGGGUAGCUCCGCCGACAACGUCAACCGAACUAGUCACCAAAUUUCAUCAACAAUUACCAAAUUAUAAGCCGACUAGACUUGUAAGCUUGGACGAAGUAGCCAAAGAAAUUGGCGUUAAAAAUGUAUUUUUAAAAGAUGAAAGCGACCGGUUUGGAUUACCCGCGUUCAAGAUUCUUGGGGCAUCAUGGGGUGUAUUUCGAGCUAUCGCACAGACACUCGGCUUACUCCUCGAUGCGGAUAUCGUGACGGUAAAGCAGGUCUUAGCCAAGUCAUCAAUACCCUUAUAUACCGCAACUGAUGGAAAUCAUGGCCGGGCGAUGGCGCGUAUGGGAGCCAUCUUGUCACUCCCUGUCGAAAUACAUGUCCCUGCAGGAACAAACGCCACAACGAUAGAUCUAAUUCAGAGCGAAGGAGCUAAUGUUGUGAUAUCGGCUGGGACCUAUGACGAUGCGGUUUUAGAAGCGCAAAAGGCUGCGGAAAUGAAUGGAGGACUUUUGAUCCAAGAUUAUGGUUUCGGAAGUUAUGAAGAGAUUCCCGCGUGGAUAAUAGAAGGAUACCGAACUAUGCUAUACGAAGUGGACGAGGACCUUGGGGACGUCCAAGCAGACCUCGUGAUUGCCCCAGUCGGGGUGGGCUCGUUUGCCCAUGCUGUUGUAUCGCAUUAUAAGAGCAAGGAGACGCCUGCAACCGUUUUAACAGUGGAGCCCGACACUGCGGCCUGCCUCUGGAAGAGUUUGAGACGAGGAGCAGUCCGAACCGAGAAGACAACCCAUACUACCAUGGCAGGUUUGAAUUGCGGGACAGUCUCGUCGAUCUCCUGGCCCCUCCUACAGUCCGGUGUUGACGCGAGUUUAACUAUCUCAGAUUACGAGUCUCACAUGGCUUCCAUCUAUUUAAAUGGGUUAGGAGUAUCUUCAGGUCCAUGCGGAGCUGCGCCCCUCGCUGCUCUCCGUAGACUUAAUGCUUCGGAUAAAGCAAAGUUAGGCCUGGAUCAUAAUUCAAUUGUUGUUCUGUUAUCCACCGAAGGCACAAGAGAUUACGAUACCCCUUUAGAUGUAUCAACAGGCGAUCCCGUCGCUCUCACGCAGACACUAGUCCAGACCAACUCGGCGAAUCCCGAGUUAGGGUCAACACCUGGGCCUGGUGAAGGUGCUAUUGCCCAAUACAUAGCUUCAUGGCUGGAACAUCGCGAUAUUGAAACCCAUUGGAUAGAGACUACCAAGGGACGACCGUCAGUAGUAGGCGUGGUUCGGGGAUCUGGCGGGGGCAAAAGUAUUAUGUUGAACGGACAUAUCGAUACGGUAACAUUGUCGGGAUACGAUUGCGACCCCUUGAGCGGAGAAAUUAAGGAGGGUAAAUUGUACGGGCGCGGAUCAGCCGAUAUGAAGUGCGGAGUGGCCGCCGCGCUUGUCGCUCUUGUCAAUUCUAAACUACUUGACCUUCGAGGAGAUGUUGUCUUUGCUGGUGUAGCAGACGAGGAAGCCAGAAGUAUUGGAACGGAACAGGUCUUAGAAGCAGGUUGGCGGACCGACGCUGCGAUCGUGACAGAACCAAGUAACCUCAAUAUCAUCCACGCCCAUAAGGGUUAUGUUUGGCUAGAAGUCGACAUUCAUGGCCUCGCAGCACAUGGCUCCCGCGCGGACCUCGGCGUCGAUGCUAUCUCCAGGGCAGGCUAUUUCUUAGUGGAACUAGACCGAUACUCACGGAAGCUGCUCGAAUUCGAUGCCAACACCGGAGUUGGACCGCCUAGUGUCCACGCCUCGCUUAUAAAAGGCGGCGAGGAGGUUUCAUCCUAUCCAGCUCUCUGCACAAUAACUAUAGAGCGCCGGACGGUACCAGGUGAAACAAGCGACACGGUCAAAGCAGAAAUUCAAGCCUUGCUUGAUAAAGUAGCGAAUGAAAUCACGGAUUUCAGCUAUGAUUUAAGAGUUACCUUCGAACGGUCUCCUUUCUCGAUUUCGCUCGAUGACUCUUUCGCUUCCCUCGUACGCGACGUAGUUGGCCAAUCCCUUGUGGAAGAUCCUACUUUCCGUGGUGAGCCAUACUGGACUGAUUGUGCUUUACUUGCAGAUUCGGGGAUCUCGGCGCUUAUAUGGGGACCUCGAGGAGAGGGUCUUCAUGCUAAGGAAGAGUGGGUAGAUAUCAAUUCGGUCAGGGUGGUAGCAGAUGCACUCACGGGCAUCGUGAACCGGUUUUGCAAGUAA